AUGCAGUUCACCACCGCCCUCCUGACCCUCGCCGCCGCCGGUUCCGCCCUCGCGGCCCCGGCCCCGGCCACGGCCAAGUCCAUGACCGCCAACGUGCCCGAGUGGACGAUCGAGGGCCUCGUGCGCAGCUGCAACGCCGAGGACACGAGCUGCCACUGGUCCUUCACCAUCGACACGCACACCUCGGCCCCGGUGCCCUGCGCCUACGACCAGACCGGCGCCCCGGCCUCGCAGGCCCAGGUCAACGGCGUCACCUGCGGCCAGUUCGCCGUCAGCUCCGGCUGGGACGGCUCGUGGGGCCCCGGCAACGGCUUCACGACGCUGGCCGUCAAGGACGAGGCGGCCCGGCAGAUCGCCUGGCCCUCGUACACGGACAAGCAGCUCGUCAACGGGCAGGUCGUGUCGCCCGACCAGAGCUGGGCCGUCUCCACCAUUGGUUAA